AUGGCAAGUUUUGUUUUUGCAGUCUGCGUCGCUUUGAGUUUUGCUCAGGGUUUCGCACAAGUUUCUCUGGGAAAAUCCUCCAGCCUCGCCUCAAGCAGCAAAAUCUCUGGCAACAGUGUCUCCAACAAUAUCAACAUUGGCAGCUAUGGUGGAGCGGACGCCAAGAGUUUGGCGGCGAAGAUUGGCAAUAGCUUGGCUGCGAAUAACGCCAAAAAUAACGCUGGAGCCAGUAUUGUUGGUUUAGCCAGUAGUGGUGCCAGUGCCAGUGCGAGCGGUUUUGGUGGCAGCUUGGCCAGUGGCCUUGUUAACAGCUUUGGAAAUACAGGAGCUAGUAACGUGGCGAUUGGCGGUGGAGCAGGUUUGGCCGCUGGCACUGUUGGCGCUGGCAGCAACUUUGUUGGAGCCAACACUGGCAAUGCGGGAUCCAGUAACUUAGCGAUUGGAGGCGGAGCAGGUUUAGCCGCUGGCACUGUUGGCGCUGGCAGCAACUUUGUUGGAGCCAACAUUGGCAAUGUGGGAUCCACUAACUUGGCGAUUGGCGGUGGAGCAGGUUUGGCUGCUGGCACCGUUGGCAGCAACAGCUUUAUUGGCGGAUCGAACACUAUUUCACUUGGCAACCUGCCAGUUUCUGGCAUCUCCAAUUUCAAACUAGGGGAGAUAGAAUUAGUGAAUGAUGCCAAUAUAGGUUACACUGGCGAGCUGCCAAUCAUUGGCUACGUCACUUUUGAAGGCUAUAUCCCAGCAGAAGGCACUGUCUCCGUAGCCAGCGAUAUAUGUGGGUGUACUAAUUAA